AGUAAGUCGAUAUCGAAGCAGGUGUUUCGAGUGUUCUCUCCCGCGAUUUUCUUUCUUUCUCUCUUUUUUCUCUCUUUCUCUCUCUCUUUCUCUUACUCUCUUAUUCUUUUACUCUCUUACUCUCUGUUUCUCUUACUCUCUGUUUUCUUUUUCCCUCUCUCUCUCUCUCUCUCUCUCUUUCGAUUUCGUUGUUGUGGUUCGUUCGUUAAAAAUCUGUUCUCCAUUCGAUGGAUCAACGUCAUUAAUCAUUUAACGAUCUAUCGAUCGAUUAAUUUACAUUACAUUUGUGUACCAGUGUCUUGUGUGUGCUUAUCGUGUUAUCGUGAAUUUUAAUAUUCUACUUCGAAAAGGAUCUAUGAAUGCAAGAGAGAAAACAAUAAUAUAUGUAUAUUUAUAUAUACAUUAUAUGUUUGACGAACGUUUAACCAUAACGUAACGUCCAAUGGCAGACGAGCCUCCUCUAAUCGAGUGAUUCCAUACGUGUAUCGUUAAAGGACGAUCUUGAAGAUGACAACGAGCGAAGAUAAUCGUUCGACCGUGAAACGAGAUCUAUGAUGACGAUGUCGAACUUUGACGUCGUUAUUAGAAUCGACAGAGAUAGAGAUAGAAAAAGAUUCGUGGAUCUUCGUAAAUAUACAAAGAUUCUAAGUGACUUUUAUUUACUUACGAAAUACUCGUCGUCUCUUGCACGUGAGAAAAACAGAGAGAGAAAGAGAAAGAGAGAUAGAGAUAGAGAGAUAGAGAGAGGGAGAGAGAGAGAGAGAGAGAGAGAGAGAGAGAGUGAAAGAAAAAAGAGAAAGAGAGAAGAGAAGAAAAAGGGAUAUAGAGAAAGAAAAAUAUUGAGGGGCGAAGAAAGAAAGAAAAAGAAGUGGGGGGGGGGAAAUAAAAAGUAGAAAAAUAAAAGAUGUCGCCUCUCGUUAAAAUGAUGACCUUCGUACUCUGCGUCAUGGGUUCGAUCGUGACAGGUCUUAGUUUACGUGGUAACAAAUGCGGACAGAAAGUUUGCAAUACCACGGAAUAUUGUAGCCGAUUUGAUACUCAAUGUAAACCAUGUUCUACGAUUUGUAAUCCGGAGGAUCAUAAUCAUCAACCAGAGGACUGUUUAAAGGAUUGUCAAGAAUAUGUCUACGAUCAACGGUACGCCCUCCGUGAGGAAUUGAGCCAGUACGAGGAGCUCAGAGAAGUCAACAGGCUACGUAUUCUACUCGGUGUUACGUUAACGUUAACGUGCUUGGCUAUCAUGGUGAUCGUUUAUCUUCUUAUCAGGACAUUCGUACGUUGCAAUAAGAUAGGAAAUGCGAUACGUAAUGUAUUCUCCAAAAAAUGGGUCAAGAAGGCAACUAACAAUAAUAAGGUUCAAGACGACGUUGAAACUGGCGGGAACAACGUUAACAAACAAAAUGGUUUGAAACUUAGCAUGCCAACGAUAAGCGCUACGGUAACCUCGUCGCAGGAUACGUCAAAUAGCAAUGGUACACCUAAUACUACAAGUACACCCCUUUCUAGAAGACAUCCUAGCGAGGAUACUACGUUGGAUUAUGCUUACGAUAAUCCGGCAAUGACACCAAGCCCAGAAGCUGCACAGCUUCGUACCAAACGCGAGAGUUCCUUUUGAAUGAUCCAAAAGAUCUCGUUCAAGGAUAAAUAUUAUUAUUCUCGUACGAUUUAUUUACGAGAAGAAAUAUAAAGAUAAUACGAGAGAAAAAGAGAAAAAGGGGAAUAAGGAAAAAGAGAAAGGAUAAACGAAAUAAUCGAUCUGUUUUAUCGAUCUCUUUUUUUUUUCUUUCUUUCUUUCUUUUUUUUUCUUUUCUUUUCUUUUCUUUUCUUUUCUUUUCUUUUCUUUUCCCCCAAGGACACUUUUUCGACAAACAUACAAUCAUUUCUCGUUCAAUUCAUCAUAUUCAUUGAAAAUAUUCGAAAACAAUUACAGGACGUACACUUUUAUUAUCAGCAUCUUUUUCGAUCAGCGAUUUUAUUG